CUGCAGAUCUCUCCCUCUCCCCCCCCCCCGUUUUCAGCUGAGUUUGUUACUGGCUCCGCAGCCCACAGGGACUAGCAACUUGAACUUUUCUAUUUGCAAAUUCAGGAAGGGAAGGAGGAGCAGAAUUUGCCAAACCCAAACCUUUCGAGCCUUCGUCCCUGAGGGCAACUACUGGAAGGGCCUCGCGGUGCUGUUAUCCAGGGUGCAGCGAUGACCUUCAGACGUUGGGAGAAAGCCAUAUUGAACGUCGGAGAUGGCACUUCUCCUGUCUUUUAAAUCUGGCCUCUGGGACGCCGCAAGACUGCCCUGCGCCUUUGGAACCAUCCGACAUCUCUCCACGCGGAGAAAACCUCAGGCAGGGGAGCGCGAACUUCCUGGUGGGGUGAGCAGCCAAGUGACUCCUGAUCAUGGGCUUGAAACAGCCAAGGACCAGAGCGAGGCCCAGCCACAUAAACCCUGGAAGGGUCGUGCCCUUCGGAACGAGUUCUGGCGGCAAUUUCGCGCGCAGACCGUGCCGUCUGACAGGGAGGAGCUGAAGAACUUGAGGAACGAUGAUUUCCCCAAGAGGAAGAGGAGCCCCCCGCAGAAACCCCUCCCCGUCGAACGAACCAAAGGCUCAGAGAUCUUGUUUGGGGUUGCUCCCUGCUCCUUGGCUCUGGCCAGAUCCAAGAGGAACUUUUUCCAACUCUUCCUCAAGGCUGGCAAGGGCACUCCGUCGCCUAUGCUGGAAGAAUUCUCCUGGCGCGCCAAGGACAGGGGGAUUCCAGUGAAGGUGGUUCCAAGGAAGGUUCUAGAUGGCCUCUGCAAGGGCGGUGUCCAUCAGGGCGUGUGUCUGGAAGCCACGCCCCUCCGCCCCAUUGGCUGGCAGGAGGCUCCGCCCCCUGAGGCAGAGGGAGGGGGGUCUCAGCUCCUUUGGCUGGCUUUGGAGGGGAUACAGGACCCCAUGAACCUGGGAGCCGUCCUGCGGUCUGCUCACUUCCUGGGCGUCGACAGGAUUGUGAUGAGUCAACGGAACAGCUGUCCCCUGACACCUGUGGUCAGCAAAGCCAGCUCGGGGGCCAUGGAAGUUCUGGACGUAUAUAACACAGAUGAUCUUCAGAGCCUUCUUAAGGCAAAAUCAGAGCAAGGAUGGGAAGUCCUAGGAACAGCUGCUCACACCAAGGACCUGGAUUCUGUCCCCACCGUGAGUUGCUUAGAUUUCCGCUGGAAGGGACCCGCCAUACUGCUGCUAGGCUCAUCUUUAACCGAAACGCUGAUUGAAGCCGGGGAGCUGACAGGACGCCGCGGCGUCACUCCCGGGGCUCGGAUACCUUUUCGAUUACAGGGAGGAAAGAGAUACUGGCAAGUCGGGGGCGGGAAUGAUGAGCUGCGGGGAAAUCCAUCUCCACAACAGGCGGCGGGACGACGAGCCGGGGACUGCGGUGACAGUCAGGGGCUGUUACUUUGAAGGACGGCUCGGCUCGUCCCUGCGAGGGAACGGAAUCUCUUUCGGCGGAGCGGAGGGGCUCCCGAGAGUGGGCUGGCCUCUUCUCGCCGGCGAUGAUUUCCACUCUCUGUUGAGCGCUUGGCAGAAAAGAGAAAAUUGGACAGGGCAGGGAGCCUGGGAGAUUUGGGGGAGAGGAAGGGGCCUGCGGUUUGCAGAAGCGCGAGGAGAAAGAUAGGAGAAUCUGAAAAUUUGGGGCAAUUAGAUGGGGACAGAAGCUGUCCAUUCAUUUCAAUGGGUCUGUUCUGAGUAUCAGUUAUGUUGAGCUGCAAUCCUAGAUCCUUUUAAAGGAUCUGGCAGCACUGGAACGAAUUAAGUGCCACUCUUCCUACUUCUUUCUCCAGCUCUAUGCUUUCUUAAAGGGACGGAAAUGAUGUUAUUUAUGUGCAAGGGUGUGGUUUUUGUAUGUGUCCCUCAGAGGCUCCACGAGCACUUGGGGCAAGACCACAAAAUUAAAAUCCUGGCUUUUUAUUGCUUUGUGUUUUGCCCGU